CCGACGAGUAUAUAAAUCCAAUGACAAAUUAAUUGACGCAGCGGAUGAAUUGGGAGGAUCAAUCAUGAAGACACUUUUGGCACUCGUCGGCUUGGCGGCACUUUCUCAUGGGCACAUUUUACCGGAAUCUUUGGAAACGUCUCGCAUUGUGAAUGGAGUGGACGUCGAAGUGGGAGAAAUUCCGUAUCAGGUUUCCCUCCAAGAAAGAGCGAGUAGCUUCCACUUCUGUGGAGGUUCCAUCCUCAACAAGAAAUACAUCAUCACAGCUGCGCACUGCGUCAAAGGGAAAUCUCCAUCUUCAAUCAAAGUGAUCUCGGCAACAGUUGAAUUAUCAGCGCCAGUAACAACCCAUUUGGUUGAAAAAAUCAUAGUCCACGAAGGAUACAAUGCUGCUGACUCCUGGAAGAAUGACAUUGCCCUCCUCAGGGUGAAGGGGCAAUUCGUCGUCAGUUCGACCCUGAAUUUCGUUCCACUGCCGAGUCUGGAGAUGGUGGUUCCUGCGGAUUCACCUGCCAUUGUGUCAGGCUGGGGAAAUCUCAGGCAAGGAGGACCCAGUCCCAAUCACCUUCAGAAGGCUAAAAUUCUCAUUGCUGACCAGAAAUACUGCAAGAGGCGAUAUGCCCCAGGAAAUACUGUUCACGAUACUCAUAUUUGUGCUCACGAUCCAGUUGAAGAAACGGGUUCAUGCAACGGCGACUCUGGCGGUCCUUUGACGGUGAGAGGUAAACUCGUCGGGCUCGUAUCGUGGGCCAUGGGCUGCGCUCUGACGAACUACCCAACAGUGUACACCAGAGUCCCGAAGUUCGUUGAUUGGAUAAAGGCUCAUGCUGUCUAAAUUCCUGAUUGAAUCCUCGAAAGUUGUAAUUCAUCAAAAAUCCGAUCGAUUCAUUGCAUUAUUCCUGUAUAUUAUUGAGAUAAAAGUUAAUGAAAGUGAGAAA